AUGUUGGCAAUGUCCUCAACCUCAUCCUCCUCUCAUCAUCAACCCACCAACCCAUUCCUAGCCACAAACUUGGGAGGAGGUUUAUCUUCAUCAUCACCAUCUCCAUGGCCAUUGUUGUUAGAAGAUCCAUUAGCAACAUUGCUACCUAAUUACCACAACCACCACAACCUUCUAUCCACCCAUUUCCUCCCUCCUCAAGCUUCUGCUGCUAAUUACUCUUCUAAUCACCAUGAUGGCAAUCAUCAAUCUUCAACAUCUCCUCCUCCUCCUCCCUUCCUCGAUCUUCCACCGGGAUCUUUCGCCGGAGAAGAGGAACAAGUGAUCAAGAAGGACAGCAGCAGCAGUGGCGGCGGCGGCACGGUGGUCACCACCAUGAAGAAGCUGAAUCACAACGCGAGCGAGCGACACCGGAGGAAGAAGAUCAACACCCUCUACUCCUCCCUCCGCUCCAUGCUUCCUCCAUCCGAUUACCAUGCCACGAAGAAGUUGAGCAUACCGAACACGGUGUCUCGAGUACUGAAGUACAUACCGGAGCUACAACAGCAAGUGGAGGCGUUGGCUCGCAAGAAGGAGGAUUUGUUGUCGGCCAUAUCCAACAAUACUACUACAACUAGCCAAGUCGACAACAAGCAUGACUGUGUUGAUCUCGACAAGACUAAUAAGAAGAAGAACGACAAGAUGUUCAGUUCCUCGUCUUCAUCAUUAGCAUCGUCGUCUUCAUCCACGGUGUCCACGAGUUGGCUGAGUGAAGAGGAAGUCAUGGUCCAGAUCUCAAUCGCCGCCAAAAGUAGUAAUGACAGUGGUAGUAAUUACACAUUCGAUCACAUCUCGGGGAUCUUGUUGCAUCUCCAAGAAGAGACUGGGCUCGUUCUAGUGAAUUCUUCUUCGUUCAAGUCUUUCCAAGAGAGGGUCUUCUACAAUCUCCAUCUUAAGGCGGAAGGAACUCACGGAGCAGCAGAACUCGACGGUAAAGCUCUAAGCGAGAAAUUGUUGAACCUGUACGAGCAAGAUUUGAGUCGGUGCUCGUCCUGAUCAAGGAUGAAUUUCGGAUUACUAUAUGAUCAGACUUGUGUUGCUAUAAUUACAUACAACACAUUUCUAAACACUAGAUGCAC